CGUCCGGGUAGAGUGAGGCUAGGGAGGGACAAACUGCCCCUGAUAUGUUUGCAGUCUGGUUGCCAGGUUAGGGUUUGGUUGUAUCUGCACUAUGUCCACCUUCGAGAAGCCCCAGAUUAUUGUCCAUAUUCAAAAGGGCCUCAACUACACAGUGUUCGACUGCAAAUGGGUGCCCUGCAGUGCCAAAUUCGUGACGAUGGGCAACUUCGCCCGGGGCACCGGCGUUAUCCAGGUGUACGAGAUCCAGCGCGGGGACCUCAAGCUGCUGCGGGAGAUUGAAAAGGCUAAGCCUAUUAAAUGUGGAACAUUUGGUGCCGCAUCUUUGCAGCAGAGAUUCUUAGCUACUGGAGAUUUUGAUGGAAAUCUUCAUAUAUGGAAUUUGGAAGCUCCAGAGACGCCAGUGUAUUCUGUAAAGGGCCACAAAGAAAUCAUAAAUACCAUAGAUGGUAUAGGUGGACUUGGAAUUGGGGAAGGAGCCCCUGAAAUUGUGACGGGCAGCCGAGAUGGAACUGUAAAGGUGUGGGACCCAAGGCAAAAAGGGGAUCCUGUCGCUAAUAUGGAACCUGCACAAGGAGAAAACAAGAGAGACUGCUGGACGGUGGCAUUUGGCAAUGCUUAUAAUCAAGAAGAACGUGUUGUCUGUGCUGGCUAUGACAAUGGGGACAUCAAGCUGUUUGAUCUCAGAAACAUGUCACUGCGGUGGGAGACAAACAUUAAAAAUGGGGUAUGCAGCUUGGAGUUUGACAGAAAGGACAUAAGUAUGAAUAAGUUAGUAGCUACGUCUCUGGAAGGGAAGUUCCAUGUCUUCGACAUGAGAACACAGCAUCCUACCAAAGGCUUUGCUUCUGUUACAGAAAAGGCCCAUAAAUCCACCGUAUGGCAAGUCCGGCACCUGCCUCAAAACAGGGAGCUCUUCCUGACAACCGGAGGCACUGGGAGUCUUCACCUCUGGAAGUAUGAAUACCCUACUCGGCGGACAAAGAAAGAUUCAGAGGGCUUAGAGAUGGGAGUGGCAGGUUCCAUCAGCCUUCUGCAGAACGUGACUGUGUCUACUCAGCCCGUCUCCAGUUUGGACUGGAGUCCUGACAAAAGGGGGCUCUGCAUCUGUAGUUCCUUUGAUCAGAUGGUGCGUGUGCUAAUAGUUACAAAGCUCCAGACCAUUUGACCCAAGGCUUUGAACUUGAAAUUGUCCAGAGGGUUACUCACAGAAUUUGAGUUGUGUUCUGCAUCCUCUGGCCUCAUUGAAGACGGUUGGACUUGACUGAUGAAUGACAGCUACAGGCACAAAGCCAGCCAGCCUCGAGCAUCUUUGGGUGUUUGGUGGCCAGACCAGCAUGCUGCUGCAUGUGAAGGUACCACACACCAGGGCCAGCUGUGUUCCUUUUUCCCAUGUUUCUACUCAAAAAAAUUAGAGCCAGGAGCUGUGGUAUUUGCUUGUGGUACCAGCUACUUACCAGGCUGGUGCAAGCAGAUCAGGAUAGCCCAUAAGAUCAAGACUAGCCUGGGCAGCAUAUUGAGACCCUGCCUUUAAAUACAGCUGGUCACUGGCACUGAAGACAUGGCUCUCUGAGAAGAGUGCUGGAUGCUCUUGCUGAGGACCCAAGUUUGGUUCCGAGUAUCCAUAUCAGGUGGCUCACAACCCCUGUAACUCCAGUCGCAGGGCAUCUCAUGCCAUUUUCUGGCUGUAUUGGGCAGUGAUACUUACAGACACAGGCACAUUCUUAGAAACUUAAAAAAUAAAAUUGUAUUUAAAUUAAAAAAAAUUUUUUUUAAAAAAGCCAAAGUCAGUAGUUGUUAUUUAACUGUAUUUUAAGUUCGUUCUGUAUCUGCAUAGCUCUGUGCUUUCUCUGUACAUUUGUGCUUCCACUAGGAAUCACUUCACUUGGUCUGUAAAGUACCAGAAGAACACAGUUCAACUGGCCAGCCUGGAGAGCUGUUUUUAGCAGUGUAACUGGUAAAAUACUGUGACUUCCAACCAUCUCUCUAUUACUCAGAUAUAAGCCUUGGUUGUCUUUUGACUGUGGUAAGUGAUGAUUGAAGACUGGAAUGAUUUUUUUUUUAAAACUUUGUCAAACCUUUAAAAUAUAUUUUUAAAAUAAACAAACAGGUUUUUAAAAUAUG